ACGUAGGCCUAAUAUACUGAUCCACAACUUUCGGUUCUCUCAUUCUUGCUCAUAUUACCCAGACGAAUCGCACAAGUGUCUCCGUCAAGAUGCAAAACAACCAAAGCAGUGGACAGUACGACGUAAAUGAUGCAACGCUGAAAUUUGUCAAAAGAAGAGACGACAUUACCUUAGAUGAUGACCUCAGCAUUAUGAGAGCAGAAAUGUCCUGUGGCCAUGCUGUGUCCCCAGAAUCAUUGACUGCUUGGUGUCGCAGUUUGCUGGACCAGGGUCAGUAUAAAUUUUAUUGCCCAGCUAUCAUACAAGGUACUAUAAAAUGUAAUGCAGAGUGGCCUUACUUGGAGGUCAGGAAAUUGGCAGUGCUUAGUGAUGCAGAGCAGGCUCAUUUUGAAGAGAAUAUGGCUCUUAUGGCUGCAGCUGAAUACUGUGAAUUCAAAUCAUGUCCAAGCUGUCUGUCUUAUGUUGAGCGAAAAGACCUGACCAACCUCUGUGUGAAAUGCACCAUCUGCACAGCUGUAAAAAAGAAGACAUACCAUUUCUGCUGGCAAUGUCUGGAGGAAUGGACAGGACCAGGUCCUCGUUCUGACCGCUGUGGUAAUGAAGAGUGUACCAACCCAGAUGUUGAGAAGCUAGCAAAAUGUAUUAAUAUGAGGUUACCUUAUGUAUGUAAUAUAGAGUGCCCUGCAAUUCGUGCUUGCCCAAAUUGUGGAUUCCUUUUAGAACACAAUGGCAAUGCAUGUAAAAAUCUUUUAUGCAAGCGUUGCAAGGUGGAGUUUUGCUUCCUUUGCCUGAAGCUGAAGAAUAUUUGCAAUCCAAACAGUGGCCCUUAUACUGUAUGUUCAGUUGCACCACGUCAGACUGAAAUUCCAGUGUGGAAGAGAUAAAGAUGAUGUAGAAUGAAUGACUUUGUAAAAAAUCAGAAGUUUGUAAAUUAUCUCUUAAAACAACAGGCUCUCAUAGGCAGGCCUAGGUGGAAUCAGCAGACAUUUUUGGCAUUUUCUGCACUUAUUUGUUUGAAAAUCUGCAGAAUUCUCAAUGGUCGUAUCAUGUCUUAAACUGAGUUGAGGAUAAUGCAGUUUUAAUGUCUGCUAAAAGCAUUAUCAAAUUAGCUAAAAUCUUUAAUAAACAAACAAACAAGUGAUGCGGGAUGUGUAAAAAUUUGUGAACGAUGGGUGUCCCAAAUCUGUGUAAUUUUUUGCAAAAUUCAGUGCCCCAGAUUCCGUAUGGGCCUACUCAUGAGGAAACAUCUCUCUAGCGACUUUUGUCCUGGGCCACCAAAAUGUAUUUUAAUUAUCACACAGGUGUCUUAUUCAUUUGGUUAAGGAGGAUUCCAUUAAUUUACUAAAAACAAACACAUAAAACAUAAAAUUAUUGUUUUAUUCAUGCACUAUAUUCCAUGUCUGCAGAAGCCAUUUGAUAUCUUUGUGUGAGGAACAGACCAAACAGUCCAUUCUUUGAUAAUGUUAUUGUCCCCCUCUGUCAUAACAUUCUCACACUUAUUUAAACAUUAAAAAAUUGCCACCUUAAGAAACAUUAUGAGAGGUUUAACAUCAGUGAUGUUAAAAGCCAUUGGCUCUUGCAUAUCUUGUGACCGAUUGUGACAUGCCAAUGUUUGGAUCACGGACCUAUAUAUAUUGCUGAUGACCUCAUAACACUAAAGCAACUGCACAGUCAUAUUAUACUGCGUCCCAUUCCUACUAGCAAAAGUGCAAUGGAACGCCACUUGAAGCUGAAUUUUGAACUUGGAAACUUGUGCGUAAAUCUUCAACUCAGAUUUCCCCAAGAUGCAGUUGCAUGUUGUCAUGCAAACAUGUCAGUGGAGAUUUACAAAGUUAAAUGACAUUCACUUUUUUUAAAUAAUAUCUAUCAGUGAGUCAAACUUCCUACAUUACAAUAAUAAAUGUUUGCAGGGGGGCCUGUACGCUGUACGCUGACUACUACCACCCCUGGAGUCGCGAGGGGGUGAUUACUGGAAAUGAGUGUUAUGGAUUUUAACCCCAUUGAGCUUUUGUGGGAUCAGCUAGACUGUAAGGUGCAUGAGAAGUGCCCGACAAGACACUAUGGCAAGUGCUAUAGGAAGCUUAGGUUGAAAUGUCACCUGAGUAACUGGACAAACUGACAGCUAGUGUGAGGAGACAGGAGAGGAAUGAGGAUCUAAAUGCAGCCUUUUUUAAUAAAACAAAAUUAAACCAGGUAACUCAGAACAUAAUGAAACAAAACACAGGGAACAAAGCACAGCAUAAUACAGAUGAAGACUUACAAAAAACCAGGGUAAAAAAGGGCUUAAAUACACAAGGUGAAACAAGGGAAUGAGGAACACCUGGGGAAACAAUCAGGGGAAAACCAAUCAUGAAAAGGAACUACAAAGGACUACAAAACUAACAGGAAACAGGAACAGGGAACUAAACCAGAAUUUCAACAUGAAAGUCAAAACAAACAACAGGGAAUAUGUGACAGAGCCUCCCUUUUAAGGAGCGGAUUACAGACACUCCAAAAAAACAAAACAAAACAAAUUGUCCAUGGGGUGUGGAGGAAAAAACAGGUAGUUCUGGAGGGGCACAAGGGGCAAGGGGAGCAGAGAAACAAGGCAAACUCAGGGAGGCUUGAAAGCAAGGCGGAGCCAGAGGGAUGGAGAGCCAGGGUGACACUGCAGGCUCGGAGGACCAAGUAGACCAGAGCAGAUCAGGCGGACGGUCAGGUGACCAAGGAGACCAGAGCAGAUCAGGCGGACAGCCAGGAGACCAAGGAGACCAGAGCAGAUCAGGCGGACAGCCAGGAGACCAGGGAGACCAGAGCAGAUCAGGCGGACGGCCAGAAGACCAAGGAGACCAGAGCAGAACAGGCGGAUGGAUAGGCGACCAGGAAGACCAGAGCAGAUCAGGCGGAUGGCCGGGAGACCAAGGAGAAGACCUCAAGGUGGGGACUGGUUCAGGAGGCCUGGGAGGUGGCCGCAGGGCCGAGACAGGGUCAGGAGGCCUGGGAGGCAGCCGCAGGACAGGGACAGGGUCAGGCGGCGGAGCCGCUGUAGGAGGAGUCUCUGGGGGAGCGGGCGGAGCCACAGGAGGAAUAGUCUCUGGGGGAGCAGGUGGAGCCACAGGAGGAACAGUCUCUGGG